GUGAAGUAGACAGUUUUCCCAGCUCGGUCAAUAUAAUAUUUCAUAUUUCUCGGCUUAAAAAUUAGAUAAUUUAAUUAUUAAAUAUAUGAACGUAACCCACAAAUACUUUCAGAGAUACGUAUUAUAUAUGCACAUAUAUUAUAUGUUUGCUGACUUACCACAACCAACACAUACAUAUUCGUCGUUAAAUUAACGUGUCAGAAUGGAAGAGUUGCGUAUAAAUGGCAUCGCAUAAUGUCCAUGGUGACAUAUGUGAUUCGGAGAUGACCCGGCUCACAACGCUUCUCUGUAUAGGUCUGAUCCUAGUGGCCAGCAUCAGCAUUCUCUCUGCGAAAAAAAUCAACGAUAAUGAUGUUGGUCGGACAAUUUCUAUAGAGAUUCCAAACCGUAGCUCUAGCUCAUCUAGUGCACGUCGCAAAGAAUCUGGAUACUUUUCCCCAUCCUCCUAUCUAUAUACACCUUAUCCGCCUUAUCCGCGAAGUGGUUGUUUUUGCCCGCUGGGUCGGCCGGGUCCGCCGGGUCCACCUGGUCCUCGAAGUCGCAAUGGAACACCCGGUAGAGAUGGUAUUCCCGGUCAACCAGGCGUUCAGGGCCCAAUGGGAUACAAGGGUGAUGCCGGCGUUCAAGGUGCGCCGGGCGUCAGGGGCGAUAAGGGUAACAUGGGUGCAAUGGGACCGCCAGGUUUUCGUAGACGGCGCAGAGAUAACAAUGGUCAAGCUGUCCCUAUUGAGGAGGCAGAAAUGAUGCGUGUAUUAAAAGGAGAUCCCGGACUUAGCGGUGAAAAGGAACAGUUAGAUGGCCCAUCCCGUAGCGAUGACAAUCCUGAACUGCUCGAUCUGCCAGUGGACAGAGAUAUAGUACCGAUUGACGAUUCAAGGGAAAGCAGAGAAACAUGCGUAAGGUUGUGUGAUGUUAAAUAUGGAGCUGUGUAUUUGGCAAUAGUUGGUGGAUCGAGUGUGCCCACCCGGAAUCAUAACAGCAACGGUGUUGGAAGACAUAUUACACUUCAAGUGCCAGCUCCCGCUCCUGCACCUGCUCCUGCUCCAGCGCCAUCUCCACCAAAUGUGAUUAUCAAAAGGCCUGCCCACUAUCAUCCACCACCGCCACCGCCGCCGCCAGUUUUCUUCCCACCGCCGCCGCCGCCGCCGCCGCCACGACCACAUCAUCAUCAUCAUCAUCCGCCACCUAAAUGUAAUUGUCCGCCUGGCCCCCCCGGUCCACCGGGUCCUCCCGGACUCCCAGGCAUGACCGGAAAACCAGGACGUCCAGGCGACAAGGGUGAUAAGGGUGACGAUGGCCUGAAGGGUGAUAAAGGAGACACGGGCGCGAGGGGCGAUAAGGGUCCCGCUGGUCCACAAGGAAUUCAGGGACCACAGGGACCACAAGGGCCUCUAGGUCCACCUGGAGCUCCAGGCUCCCAAGGAUCUCAAGGACCUCCUGGCCCCCAAGGCUCCCAGGGACCUCAAGGUUCACCAGGAACACCUGGUAUACCAGGACCUCAAGGCGCUCUUGGACCACCAGGUUCCUCUGGAUCUCCUGGUUCGCCUGGGUCUCCUGGAUCCCAAGGCCCACCAGGACCCCCAGGACACCCUGGAAAGCCAUCGUCACCUGUGUGGUCUGUGCCUCCACCGCCACCGCCAUCCCAUCACCAUCCGCCGCAAAUAAUUUAUCCAUAUCCUGUGCCUCCACACAAGGGACCUCACGGAGAACACCACCAUCAUCAUCACCAUCAUAAAGAAGGACAUCCAUCUAAGCCGCAUAAGCCCCACAAGCCUCAUAAGCCCCAUAAUCCCCAUAAGCCGCACAAGCCCCAUAAGCCCCAUAAGCCACACAAGCCUCACAAGCCUCACAAGCCUCACAGGCCUCAUAGGCCACACAAACCUCAUAAGCCCAUUUGGCCUCCAAAACCAACAUGGAAACCAACAUGGAAACCCACUUGGCCUCCAAGGCCAACAUGGCCACCCACUUGGCCUCCAAGGCCAACAUGGCCACCCACUUGGCCUACAAGGCCAACAUGGCCACCCACUUGGCCUCCUACUACGAUACCUACCACACCACCGACAACCACAACAGAAGCACCUACCACGACGCCUACCACACCACCGACAACCACAACAGAAGCACCUACUACGACGCCUACCACACCACCGACAACCACAAAAGAAGCACCUACCACGACGCCUACCACACCACCGACAACCACAACAGAAGCACCUACUACGACGCCUACCACACCACCGACAACCACAACAGAAGCACCUACUACGACGCCUACCACACCACCGACAACCACAACAGAAGCACCUACUACGACGCCUACCACACCACCGACAACCACAACAGAAGCACCUACCACGACGCCUACCACACCACCGACAACAACAAUAGAAGCCUCUACUAAGAGUCUACUUACACUAGAUGAUCAACAAAAUGGGAAGACAACAGUGUAUGAGGAGCAUAACAGCGAAGAAGAAGAAUUGGAAGAUGAACGUGUAGAGGAUUCCGAAGAAGAUGCGGCACAAGCUCAAGAGUCACAGAACCAUGAUAAAGAUGGAGAUGGAGAUGGAGAUGGAGAUGGAGAUGCAGAUGCAGAUGCUGAUGGUGAUACUGAUGCUGAUGCUGAUGCUGAUGCUGAUGCUCAUGAAGCAGAUGCAUAUGUAGAUGUAAAUGCAGAUGCAGACGAAGAAGAAACGAAAGAGAAUGACGAUGAAAAUGUGGAGGACGAAGAAUACCAGGAUGAUAACGAUAGUGGAGAGACCAACGACAUAGAACCAGAGGACCCAGAGCAGCCAGUCGAAGGCUAUGUAGUUCACGCAAGAAGCGGAAAUAGACCAAUCAUUUUAGCAGUAAGCCAGCGCCGUAAUCCAUUUAAAGUAUAUGGUGACUACCUAGAGUAUUAA